AUGAGCGAAUCCCAGCCACAGCAGGCCAGCGGCGGCCAGCAGCAAGGUCAACAGCUGCUACGCCCCGAUGACAUCCUCAAGCUACAAUGUCUUCCCGAAGACGAGAAGCAAAAAUACCGCUCAAUCAUGCAAGGCUCUUGGAAUAUCUUCAACAACAACCCGCCGGGCAGCCAGGAGAACACCACGGCGCGUCAGAAGCUGACGGACUGGUCGCAAAAGUUCAUCGCGCGCGAACGCCAGUAUCGCGCAAAGAUGAAGGCACAGCAGCAACAGGGAAAUCAGAACCAAGGACAGGCUGGACAGUCGAGUGCAGCAGGCCAGCAGAACCCCAACGCGGUCAAGCAGGAAGGAGGUCAGGGUUCGAACGGAGGAGCUGGCGGUGCCGGCGCGCAACCCACUCAGCAAACCCAAGGACAACAGCCCAACCAAGGCCAGAACCCAGGACGCGGCCAGGUUGAUCCUGCUAUCGUCAAGCAUGUUCACGAGUUCCCCAUGCAGGGACCCACGAACGGUCCGGCGCCAGGCACACCCGAGUACGAGAUCAAAAUCAAGGAGUACCGGUCUGGUUAUCUUAACAUGCUUGCCAAACAAGCUUCCUUCAACGAGCAGAGGCGGAGGCUUGUUCACCAACUUACCGAAAGGCAGAACAAUGGACAGGAACUACCCCAGGAACAGCUCAUGAUGAAGGCCAACAUCGAGAAGGAGUCUGCUAAGAUCAAGGCCCAGAUUGACAAGUUCCGUGCCAUGCAGAAGCAAUGGAAGGAGGAGCGCGAGGGAAAUGCGCAACCCCAGGCUCAGGCGCAACCUCAAGGCCAGAACACAGCGCAAUCCCCCCCACAACAGCAACAGCAGCAGCAACCGCCGCAACAACAGCCCCAAGCGCCUCAGCGCCAGCCUUCACAACCUAACAUGCCAGCGCAGCCCCAAGUGAAAGAGGAGCCGCAGAUCAAGAUUGAGGGCGGACAGACACUACAACCACAACCCCAACAACAAUCGCAAACUCAACCCCAACCACAACCUCAGUUCAACAUGCAACAAAACCAGGGAAACCACCAGCAAGGCCCGCCGCAACAGCAGCAUAAUCAACAACACAACCAGCAGAUGCCGCCUUCACUUCCGCAGCAGCAACAGCAACAAAUGCAGCAAGGACAGCAGCAAGCUCGACCUCCGCCAGGGCCUCACUCGCAGACGAUGCCUCCAGGCCAGAUGCCGCAAUUUGCGCAAGGACAGCAGCAACAGAACUUCCACCAGCAACAACAGCAGCGACCCCAGAUCAACCCCAUGCAAGCGAACGCGCACCAGCAGAGCAACUCACCACAUCCUCAAUCCGCCGCCUCGAACGCGCCCGGCCCACCAAUCCCUCUCUCCCACAGCGCCGCCGUCAGCGCCGCGAACCGCUCCUACACCGACCCGCAACGCACUAACACACCCAUGCAGCAAGGCGGACAGGGCGGUAACUUUGGCAGUCGCGAGCGCGAGCAGCUUAAUAACCCCAAGAUGCCCAUCCCACGCCACCUUAACGUGACCUCACCCCAAGCCGUCCACAUGGGCCAAUCCCGACCUACUAUGAGUGGUCCUACCAACGGCGCCCCAGGACCCAUGGGCCAACCUGUUAUCCCACGUCCACCCCCCUUCCAACUCGAAGGCGAAGGCGAUCGUGUGCUCAGCAAGCGUAAGCUAGACGAACUCGUGAGACAGGUAACCGGUGGAUCAGAAGAAGCCCUAACACCAGAAGUCGAAGAAGCCGUCCUCCAACUCGCCGACGACUUCGUCGACAACGUCAUCAGCAACGCGUGCAAGCUUAGCAAGCUGCGCGACUCGCCCCAGCUCGACAUCCGCGAUAUCCAAGUUAUACUUGAGCGCAACUACAAUAUCCGUAUUCCAGGAUAUGCGUCUGAUGAGGUGAGGACGGUGAGGAAGAUUGUGCCGGCGCAGGGCUGGGCGAACAAGAUGAGUGCGGUUAAUGCGGCGAAGGUUAUGGGUGGGAAGGCGGACUUUUAG